AUGUUCCAAAGUAGCAAACAUUCUAAAAUUACUCUGCAUAAAAAGCUCUUUGCACCAGUAUCGAUUACUAGUGCUAGAGGUUCUAGUUCCUCAACGGAGCCGAAGGCGACCAUACCAGUUUUAUUACCACCGGAGCCGGAUUUGGAAGUAGAGGCGCAGACCAAACCACAAGCACAAGCACUAGAGUUAGGAGCUUACGCUCAAUCAUCGAAUAUAACUUCUUCAACGCCAAAACCAGAUUUAGCUGCAUCUUUAGCUGCUGCCCCGAUUACAACGCCAAUCCAAAACGUUACUCUUCAACCAAAUCACCAUUCCACAGAACCAGAGACUAAUCAAUCCCGAGCCCAACCCCAACCCCAACCCAACUCAAAUAAUAUCCAAGUUCUUCCUCCUAACCCUAACCCUCCUAGAUCUCCAUUCUACUCUGCAUCGUCCUCAACUUCGAUCGGUACCUCAUCAUCACAACAGAUGUCAAACCACACACGAAAUUUCUCCUCAACCUCAACAAUAACUUCAAACUUUGGUUCUCCACCGCCUUCAUACACACCUUUUGUUACUCCUUCUCUAUCUCCCCAGGCUCACGGGUAUCGGUUUGGAGAUGGUAAUGCAUAUGGAAAUACAAAUGGAUAUGGAUACAGGUAUAGAACUGGAACUUAUACAAAUGCGAGGAGCAAUCAAUAUGGACAUGGUAGUGGAUAUCCAUCACCAUCCAUCUCCCGCUCUCCAAGUCUGCAACUCCCAGAUCUUGUGGAUGAAGUAUUAAGAUUGCGAGAUCGACUAAAUUUCUUAGAGUCGGGAUCGUUAUCAAACGAAAGAGGUAGUAAUAGGGGAAACAGCCGAACUAGAAGUGCAGCCAGGGGCGGGCCCACGUUUGAAGAGGAAAGGAAGGAAGAAAACGCAAAGGAGAGUGAAAACCAAAGGGAAGAAGAAAUAGAAGGAGAAACAAAAAGAGCAAGAGAAAGAUGGGAAGAAAUUGAGAAAUUUGGACUGGGUUAUGAGGAUUUCUUGGAGGAGUUCUAUCGUUAUGAUGAUGAAAAGGAGGUUCUGUUAGAAUUGAAUGAGGAGUCCUUUGGUAAGCAACUAGGGUUGGAGUUAAAAUUUGGCGAAGAAAAAACUUGUGGCGAUAUUUUAAGAGGGAGAGAAAGCGAUGGAAGUGAGGAGGGAGACGAUAGAGAGCCUCGAGGAGAAAUAGUAACUCUAGCUCCUUCGGUAUUUGUGGAUGAAGGUUCACAUACUCCUUUUGGAGCCCGUUCUUCCUCCCCCUUUCCUUAUUCUUUAGGUUUUCAUUCCAAUACCUCCUCCUCAGCAUCGCCAAUCUCAUCCUUGCGUGAAAAAGAUUCCACAAAAGAAUCUCAACUGCUGCUUCCCAAAUCCGGUUGUCAUUAUUUCAUAACCGCCGGUUUCAUCCAAAAUAUAACGAUCAUUUAUCCCGUCUCAUCUUUAUCACAUAAUAUGGAUGCAUUAAAAGGAGAAAAGGAAAUAAUUAGAAGUGCGUUGGAGGGGUGGAAUCGGGGUGCGGUUGAUAAAUAUGGAAUCCAUCCGACAAAAAGAGCUUAUGCUGCUAUUAUUUAUCCCGAACCACAAGCGCCUCUCCCCCGCAAAAAAUUACGCAUAGCACUCUCAUUCACUCCUAUUUAUCCAUCUCAAUCAAGCUCAACUUCCUCAAACCCUAUACAUCAGACUCCAACAAAUCCCGAGGAUAUAAUAACAGAUGCAAACAUAUACAUCAGCACCGUAAAUGACUCUUCUACUUUCUCACAGAAUGAUAGUAGGGGAGUGAUGGAUUAUAAAAGGUAUAAAGUGAAAUAUGGGAAUCAGGAGGUACAUGAGAGACAUGAUGGAAUUUUGGAGGUUGGAAGAUUGAGGGCGGCGUUAGGGUGUGAGGUUUUUAAGAUGGAGGGAAGCGAGAGAGAAAAUGGGAGAGAAGAGGGGGAGGAACGAUGGGAAAAGGAAGAGGUACAGUUGAUUUGGAAAGAUGAUGGGAAUGAUGAGUCGAAAUGGGAAGAUGAAAAGAAAGGCUCUAAGCUAGAGAGAGGGGUUCAGGUGUUAAUAGAUACAAAUGGGGAUAUUGAAGGUGGUUGGAUCUAA